AUGCCUGCCUCCCAGGUCGCCACCCCGCUCGCCGCGCCCAUCCCCAUCCAGGGCCAGCGCCGGAACCUAGGCCUGAUUACCACCCAGGAGCUCUUUGCCAGCAUCAACGCGACGCUGGCGUCUAAGACGGACCAGCUGGUGACGCCCAUUCACCACAUUCAGGAGCAGGACUACUCGGUUCCAGCGCCACCGCCGCCGAGCCCCGUCGGCUUCCGCGAUCACUGGCCGACGUCGAUGCGUCGUUGA